GAACACAGGAAGUAGCGGAGGCCACGCGGCGGCGCCGGGAUGGGGCGGCCCGGAAAGAGCCGUUUCCAGCGGGCUCAGCGGGCUCGGGCCCGGCAGCGCUCCCUGCAGGAAUUCUCCUCCGUCCCUCAUUCCUUCGUGUUCCCGCGCGGCCGCGCCGGGCGGAGCCUCCGGAGCCUCUGCCGGGACCUGCGGAGGGUCCUGGAGCCCUUCACGGCCAGGAAGCUGCAGGUGCGCCGGAGCAAUUCCCUGCGGGAUCUGGUGGCCGUGGCCGGGCCCUUGGGAGUCUCCCAGUUCCUGGUGCUGAGCAAAUCCCAAACCGGGAUCAACCUGAAAAUUUUCCGGCUGCCGGGGGGUCCCACCCUGACCUUCAAAGUGCUGCAGUACUCCCUGGUGCGGGACGUGGUCUCGGCGCUGCGCAGGCACCGCAUGCACGAGCAGCAGUUCCGCCACCCUCCCCUGCUGGUGCUGGGCAGUUUCGGGGCGCGGCCGGAGCUGCGGCUCACGGCCGGGAUGUUCCAGGGGAUGUUCCCGGCCCUCAACGUCCACAAGGUCAACCUGAACUCCAUCCGCCGCUGUUUGCUGAUCUCCUACGACGCCGAGGCGCAGCUCCUGGAAUUGCGGCACUACAGUGUCCAGGUGGUGCCCGUGGGGCUCAGCCGAGGCCUCCGGAAAAUUCUCCAGGAGAAAUUCCCGAACCUGGCCAGGAUGGACGACGUCAGCCAGCUGCUCACGGGGGACGUUGUCCUGUCCGAGAGCGAGGCGGAGCCGGACGGGUCCCAGAACGUUCUGGAACUGCCCCAGAACUGCGCCGGGCGCGGCAACGCCGUGACGCAACAGAGCGCCGUGAGGCUGACCGAGAUCGGGCCCCGUCUGACGCUGCAGCUGCUGAAGGUGGAGGAGGGGCUGGGCCAGGGCAACGUCCUGUACCACGGCCUGGCCCCCAAAGGUGAGGCGGAGCUGCGGGAGCUGCUGGCCCGGCGGGAGCGGCGGCUGCAGGUGAGGGCGGAGCGGCGCCGGGAGCAGGAGCAGAACCUGGAGCGGAAACGGCAGCAGCGGGAACGGCACAGGCAGCGCAGCCUGGCCGGGAUGGGCCGGGCUGCAGGUGCCACAGGUGUGCCAGGUGCCACAGGUGCCACAGGUGUGCCAGGAGGUGACAGCGAUGCCGAGGACCCCGGCGCACCUGAGGCAGGUGAGGCCGAGCCGUCGGACGAGGACGAGGCCGAGUAUUACAGACAGGAGCUGGGGGAGGAGCCUGACACAGAUUUGUUCCCUGGUCACUCCAAGAGGAAGCGAAGCCCCUCGGCCGCGCCCCGAGCGCGGAAACGACGGAAGAGGAGCCCAAAAUCCACACCUGGAACCCCAAAAUCCACACCUGGAACCCCAAAAUCCACACCUGGAACCCCAAAAUCCCACCCUGGAUCCCAAAAAUUCACACCAGGAACCCAAAAAUUCACACCUGGAUCCCAAAAAUUCACAUCUGGAACCCGAAAAUCCCACCCUGGAUCCCAAAAAUUCACACCUGGAUCCCAAAAAUUCACACCAGGAACCCAAAAAUUCACACCUGGAAGCCCAAAAUCCCACCCUGGAUCCCAAAAAUCCCACCCAAGACAUCCCAAAGACCCCAAAUCCCACCCCAGGAAAACUGGGACCCCCAAAUCCCAACAGGAAACCCCAAAAUCCCAACCUGGAACCUCCAGAUCCCACCUGGGAAAUCCCAAAAAUCCCAAAUCCCACCCAGGAAACCCCAAAAAUCCCAAAUCCCACCCCAAAAAUCCCAAAUCCCAUCCAGGAAAUCCCAAAAAUCCCAAAUCCCACCCAGGAAAUCCAAAAUCCCACCUGGAAAACCCCAAAAAUCCCAAAUCCCACCCCAAAAAUCCCAAAUCCCACCCAGGAAAUCCCCAAAAUCCCAAAUCCCACCCCAAAAACCCCAAAUCCCGCCGUGGGAAGCUCCUGACCCCCCGGAAAAUCCCGAAUUUCCCACGGAAAAAGAAAAACUGAGAGGGGGGGAAAAAAAAAAUUGGGAAUUCGGGACCCCCCCCUGAUCCCCCAGGGAUCGGGAAUUUGGGGUCCAAUGGAAUUUUGGGAUCUUCCAGAAGAAUUUUGGGGUUCCCAGGGGAAUUUUGGGAUCCCCCCCCCCGCUGAGGAUUUUGGGAUUUCCAAGUGGAUUUUUUUGGGAUUUCCAGAAGAAUUUUGGGAUCCCCCAAAUCCAGGGGAGACCACCCAAAAAAAAUGGAGAAAAAAAAAACCAAAAAAAAAAGGGGGAAAAAACUCCAAAAAUGAGGAAAAAACCCCAAAAAAUGGGGGCAGAAUCCCAAAAAAAACCCCAGUGGGGAUUUCAGGAAUUCCCAGGAAUCCUCGAGGCCGGAAUUCCGGGUUGGAAAUUUGGGAAUUGUGGCAGGAAUAAAAGUUGGAUCCAGCCCAGGAA